CUUCUUAGAACGUACAAGCAUAUAAGAGCUUAAUGUCAUAUUAAACAAUGUUUAAAUGUAAUACGCUUCUGGUCAUGACACUACCGACGCAAUGUUGUUACAAUUUCGUAUCGUAUCCGUAAUUCUAAUCGAUUUCAUUUGAACUACAAGGUCUAGGUUAGUGUUUUCCAAAUCCCCACAUAAAAACUAUCGGAAUGUUCGUCACAAAACGUCAGUAUAUAAGCACCGGUUUUUAUCUUUUCUAUCACACUCAACAUUUGGUCUCGCAGCAGGUCGACGUGAGCAUCAAAGUAUUAAAUAGUAAUACUCUGAUACUUCGUAAGUGUGUGUUGUAAUUUGUAUCUUUGUCCAUUUCAAUUGAAAAACUGACAACAACGACAGCCACUAUGAAUUGUGUUCAGAUCUGUUUGAUGUUGGCCACGAGUUGCUUGAUGCUGGUUUCGGCCAACACGGGAUCAUACAACUACGCAUAUGGCGUGAACGAUCCGAUCACCGGGGACCUGAAGGAUCAACGCGAGACCAAAGUCUGCAACGAACAGGUAUACGACGAAAACGUGUUGCGCACAGCUCAAAUCAGCCGCGAACAAUUAAUUCCGGUGGCCAAGAACUUCGUAUCCGAACCAAUCAUCUCAACGGUGUCUUCAGCACCGGUCAUAAACACUGAGUAUGUAUCCGUGACUCCGUCACCGAUCUUGCGCACCGCCGACUUCGAAUCUUCCCGAAUUUUGGCGGCCACCCCGAUUUUGGAAACAAAAGUCGAGGCCGAACCACUGUCGUACGCGCCUCUUCCCAAGUACGCCGCCCCGGUCACAGUUACCGCCGCUCCGAUGUUGGAAACGAGAAUCGCGGCCGAACCACUGGUGUACGCUCCUCUUCCUAAGUUCGCACCUCUGCCGAAGUACGCUCCACGUCCCGAGUAUUACGCCGCCAGCCCCGCACCUCUAGUCGCCACCAAGCUCCAGACUCCGAUCGUACAGUACCAAGCAGCUCCGAUCAAAAUCAUCAAGUCCGCCAAAUCGUACGGCCGCCAGUCCACGUCGUUCUCGCACAGAUCGUUCGUCAAUCACCCACUGACUCCCGCUAAAAUCGCCGCCCCCGUCGCACCUCUGUACUACUCGGCCGCCCCCGCAGCAACAGAAUAUUACGCGCCCGCCCCUGCAGCUCCGGAAUACUACGCACCCGCCCCCAAGGCGCAAGUAGAGUAUUACGCACCCGCACCCGCCCCCAAGGCACAAGUAGAGUAUUACGCACCCGCACCCGCCCCCAAGGCACAAGUAGAGUAUUACGCACCCGCACCCGCCCCCAAGGCACAAGUAGAGUAUUACGCACCCGCACCCGCCCCCAAGGCACAAGUAGAGUAUUACGCACCCGCACCCGCCGCCAAGGCACAAGUAGAGUAUUACGCACCCGCACCCGUCGCCAAGGCACAAGAGUAUUACGCACCCGCCCUGACCGCACCUGAAUACUAUUUGGCCGCCCCGAAGGCGCAGGAAUACAACUCGGCCACUAUCGCGCAGAUCGCCCACCCGCUGCAGCAGGCCACCCGGACCCUGUACGUGGCGCCAACGCAGUACGCGGCAGCAGCGCCGUACGUGUACCGAAGUUCGUCGGGUCCCGCGACUUCGUACCAGUACGCCAACCACUGGAACAACCGCGAUCAAUCGGCCGCCGGUCAACAAUCGCGCUACUCCGUGGCCAGCCCACAACAAUAUUCGGCCGGAUACCAGCCCCAGUACGAUUCCGCAUCACAGUCACAGAACUCGGGCCAAUAUGACGCCGCGCAGGAACAACCGUGCGAAAAAUAAACUCGGCCGUCGUCGUCAGCCCAUAAUAUCUUAUGAUUUGUCGCUUGUGUGUUUUAUAUGACGUGAUUAUAUAAUAAUGUUUAUACUACUAAA